AGUCGCCUACUUGACUUCACGAGGAAAAGACAGGAAGCGCUGGCGCGCGCCUACCGAUCGCAUGCUUCACUAUAACUCGCGCUUGUUUGGGUUUUUUUUUGUGGCGGCAGAAUUGUCGUUUCAGCACGUGCUCGUAGUAGUGUGUACCGUGUGUUUAUUACCGUUUUUUUUGCGUAUUGUUGUUCUAUUGAAAAUAAAAGAGCCAGAGUGAUCGUUUUAUUUUUAAAUAACUGUUUUACCAGAUAUGACUGGAAAGUUUGUUGACUGUUUGUGAGUUGAGAUAUCAAGACGGCCUCAUUUUACGAAGAAUUUUCUUCUAGGUUUAAUAAUUCUGACGAAUCAGGAUGCGAGGCUGACAUGGCAGAAGGUAGCGUCGAAGAAGACAACAGCGAUAUGUUAGGACCCACUCUAGCGCCCGUUCUCCAUACUAUGCAGACCUCAACGCCGUCAAAUCUAAGUUGUAAAGAAGAGGAAAGUGACUGUGAAAGUAGUAUUGGAUCUCCCGAACCUGCGAUAAGUGCUGAAAACGGUACAGAUCUUACAAUAACAUCGAAACAAACACAUAAUCGUUCAGAAGAAUCUAGUCAAACUGAAUCCAAAACAACCAUCAGUAUGUGCCCCACUUCACACAUAAACGGAGCUAUGGCUGGACUGGUAACUCUUCAAAAUCUCCAAAACUUAGCAUCUCUUCAAAAUCUCCCACAAGUGGCGUCACUAGCAGCAGGACUCACGAAUAUGGCAACUUUGGCCAAUAACCCAGUGAAUGCUCCACUUAAUUUAAGCGUUAGUGCAUCUGUAACUACUCCUAGGAGUACGCAACCAUUGACAAUAGCAGAAACUCCUCCUAGCAUAAUGAGCAAUUCAAUGAAUAAUCAACCACCUCCUCCUCCUCCGCCAGCUCCGGCGUCGAUGGGCGUCCCUAAUAGUACUUUAAUGGGAUCCCAACAACCUCCAAGUAUGCCGCAGUUCAUUUUAGCAUCGGGACAACUUGUACAGGGUAUACAGGGAGCGCAGCUUCUAAUACCUACGUCACAAGGUUUAGCAACUCAAACCAUUUUAACAAUCCCAGUCAACCAUGUAAAUAGUUCGGACCAGAUGGUGAAUCUAGCGCUAAAUAAUGGUCAAGUGAUGCAGACAUCUUUAGCCAAUUUACAAGCUAUGGCUCAAACUAAUUUAAUAUCUAAUGCUACAAAUCCAGCACCUCCAACUUCAAAUGGAACCAUCAACCCGAAUCUACUAAACCCAGCAACAUUGACUCACCUCCUUUCUAACGGAUCAACGCAACAACUACUCCAAUCCAUACCUCAACUUCUUAGUAACAAUCCUCAUGCAACCCACAAUACUUCUCCUUUGAUAAAUCCUCUCGCUCAACCCCACCUCCCCAAUCGAUCUCCUCUGAUCAGUACCUCUACUUUACUUAGCAGCUCCCCAACACAAACCAACCAAAAUAGAAGCCAAAUUAAUGUUUCGAAUAUGGGAUCAUCGCCUUUAGGAUCUGUACCCUUGGGGUCCACGUCAAUGGGAACCGUGCCCGGUCAUUUGGGAACGAGUCAGAGCAGCCAUUAUGUAGAUACUAAGAUGCAUGGAAGUAAUUUGGGAAAUAUACCAAGAAAUCCUUCGCCGGGUGAAAAUUGUAGUAGAGUGAAUGGAGAAAUUAGUAUUAAUACGAACCACGCUGGUAAUUCUAGUCAUAAUAUGAAGAGGUCGCCUAGUUCGCUCUCGCCUAAUUGUACAGAUAAUUCUACUGCUGAUUUGUUAGUGGAUUCACCAAAUCAACCUACAAUAAACCAGACAAAUUCGAAUGUAGUAGACGGUAUAAACUUGGAUGAAAUCAAAGACUUCGCUAAAGCAUUCAAAUUGAGGAGGUUAUCAUUAGGUUUAACUCAAACUCAAGUAGGACAAGCUCUUAGUGUAACUGAAGGACCAGCCUACAGCCAGAGCGCGAUAUGCAGUGCCCUGGCUUCUCAGAUGUUUGCCGCCGCGCAACUAUCAUCGCAACAGCAAGCAAUGUUUGAAAAGUUAGAUAUUACCCCCAAGAGUGCUCAAAAAAUAAAACCUGUUCUGGAGAGGUGGAUGAAAGAAGCUGAAGAUAGGUACAAAAGUGGUCAAAACCAUUUGACAGAUUUCAUUGGUAUAGAACCAUCGAAAAAACGGAAAAGAAGAACUUCCUUCACCCCUCAAGCCUUAGAAUUACUUAACGCCCAUUUCGAAAGAAACACACACCCUUCAGGUACUGAGAUAACAGGGCUGGCACAUCAAUUGGGGUACGAAAGGGAAGUUAUACGAAUAUGGUUUUGUAACAAACGACAAGCCCUGAAAAACACCGUUAGAAUGAUGUCGAAAGGCAUGGUUUGAAUCUGUGAUUAUUUUCACCAUUAAAAAAAUCGUGUAAAUAGACUUUUCCAACAAAUUAUGUACAAAUGUAAAUAUGUUUAUUGAAAAUUAUUUAAAAACAGGGAUCGUAAAUAAGAUGUAAAUUUUGGUAUUUAAUUAUAAUUUAUUUAAUAUCAAAUUGAAUGUAUAUAUAUGAAAUGAGUGAAAAUGAGACGAAAGAAACAUCACUCAAUAAGUCGUGUAACUAAGAAAAACAAAUUUUUUUGCCAAAAAUCGAUUUAAUUCAUCAAUGUAAUCUCCUUCAAUAGUAAUACAAUAAUCUCGAAGUCAUGCUUGUAGAAGGAUUUGUCUUUUGCAUCAAAAUGGGAUUCAGUUCCAGCAAUUGCUUCUUCAUUUGAGCUGAAUUUCUUACCGUCGAGCAUUUUUUUGAGAUCAGCGAAUAUCCAGUACUCGCUGGGGGCCCGACCUGGACUAUAAGGUGGAUAAGGAAUCAAUUCGAAGUGUAAUUCGUUCAAUUUAAAUAUCGUUACCAUCGACUUGUCAAUCAGUGCAUUAUCUUGGUGAAACAGUGGUUUUUUUCUUCGACAUAUGAGGCCAUUUUUCUUGAUUUUUGCAUUGAAAUUCAACAAUUCUAUGUAGUAUUUUUCACUAUUGAUUUUUUCUCACUUUUGGAGAUAGUCUAUGAACAAUAUUCCAUGUUCAUCCCAAAAUACUGAAGCCACAACUUCCAAGCUGACUGUUGUGCCUUUGGACGCUUCGAACGUGGUUCACCGGCUGCAGUCCACACAAAUUAUGAUCGAUUUAAUUCUGAAGUAGAGGAAUGGAUCCAUGUUUCAUUCAUUGUCACAUAUCUACGCAAAAAAUCAGAUUUACUACGUAUAAACAGGGCCGAACACUGCUCCGAAUGAUUAACACGUUGUUGUUUUUGAUCGACUGUGGGUAAAUGCUUCAUCCACUUAGAAAAAAGCUUUCUCAAGGUUAAAUGUUCAACACAACACACUGCCUCAAGUAAGCCUCACGUAUUUUCAAUUGGAUAUAACCAAUUUUUGAACUUUUUCAUGUUUUCUGGAGUAACCACCUCAAUUGGACGACCAUGUUCACCAUCAUCGGUGUCUGUACGACCACGUUUAAAUUCAGCAAACCAAUGACAAAUUGAAUUAUUUUGUACGUUAUUUCAGGUAAUUGUACAAUGAAGUACACGAAAAUAUGUUAUUUCACAUUUUUAUAGAGAAAUCAUUUUGUAAAACCAACUUUAUAGUCAGAUAUGUACAUAGCGGUCAAAAGUUUUUGUUCACCCCAUCCAUUCAUUAAAUUUCAAAAUAAUACACUUCAACAAA